ACCCAAGGACACACCCCAACCCCCCGCUAGUCUCUCAAGGUUCGCCACCCCAUCUUUGGUCAUUGACCCCCCCUGCUCCUCACUACCACCACCCACCCCCUCGCUGCAGUCAAGUCAAUCUCACAUCACGCGGAUGAGCAGCGCACCGGAAUCGCCGCUGCUGCGCGGAUUUGACGGAAACGUCGUCCAACUGCCGCCCGACCAGCCGCUCGACGGCGACGAGUUCUCGGGAUGGCUGCUCAAGUGGACCAACUACAUGUCUGGCUGGCGUGAGCGCUGGUUUAUUCUCAAGGGCGGCGCGCUGUCGUACUACCGCUCCAAGGAGGAAGUGACAGAGACGUGUCGCGGCACGGUCAGUCUGGUGGGUGCUCAAAUCACGCCAGACGAUCGCCUAGGCAUUGACGUGGCAACCAGCACCCAGCACUUCCACUGCCGCGCUCACUCCGAGCCAGAGCGCGCACGGUGGAUUAUGGCCCUCGAGCUGGCCAAGGUCAAGGCCCAAUCUCGUGCCGCCGGCAAGCACCACCACGGCGCUGGUGCUGCUGGUGCGAGUGGUGGGCUCACGGCAAGUCCCCGUCGUUCCAGCAACGGCGCCCACGGCAGCAACAGCAGCAACAGCAGCAGCAGCAGCAGUUCACACGUCCCCGCACCGCCAGCCUUCUCGCUGUCGGGUGGCGCUGCUGGCGGUAAGCCCGCCACCAUUCUUGGAGCAGCAUCGUCGUCAUUGGCGAGCAGGCCGCGCAUCGUCGGCUUGGUUGGCCAGCAGAUUGACUACGAGUCGGACGAAGAGGACGAAGGCGCAGCCAGCACUUCCAUUGACGAGGCUGCCUUCCUGCAGAGCGUCAAGCAGGCCUUCAGCGAAGUCAAGCUGCGGAGCGAGCUGCUCUUCAAGCAGGCUAUCGGCUUGCAAAGGAGUUGCACCACUGUCGAGGCAUCGCUCGGUGCCGUGUCGGACGCGUCGAUCGAGGCGUCGCGCAAAUCCUCGUCCAACGCUUCCCUGCCGACCGCCUCGUCACCCACCUUGGCGACCGCUGCCAGUGCCGCCCGGCCACACACCCCAGAGCUGCUCCUCAACGGCGCGGUGGCGCCAGCCGACGCUGUUGCCCACAUUCGUCAGCUGCAGGAGGAUGCCGCCAUGUUCAAAAUCACCGCCGCGGCGAUGGUUGACGCCUGCUCGAGCUAUGUCCACAAUAUCGAGCAGCAUCACGGGGAGUGGACGAAAAUUCUGCUGGCAGAGCGCUCGCGUUUCACGUCGCUCGCCGAAACGGUCGAGACUUUGGCCAAGCAGCACAAUGUGCUCGAGCGACGUGCCACUCUUGUGGCAUCUGGCAAAACCUUCCACACCCACGUCGAAAUGGACGACGAAGAGGUCUUCUUCGACGCAGCCGACGAUGAAGACGAGUUCUUUGCUGCCGAGGAUGAGGAUGCACCUGCUACCACCACGACUGCCACUGCUGCCCCCGCCACCACAACCGCCACCCACACAACCGCCACCCACACCUCACCAGCAGCAGCGUCAACGCUCGCAUCCACCGCCGCCGCAAACUCACGUGCGCCCAGUACCGCUGCGCCCACUGCUGCAGUCGUGCCCACCGCACGUCGCCGCCGCGAGCGCAUUCCCUACCGACCGCAGACGUCGGCCAGCCUGUGGGGUGUCAUGAAAGACUGCAUCGGCAAGGACUUGUCCAAAAUCCCGAUGCCAGUCUUUUUCAACGAGCCCCUCUCCUUUUUGCAACGUUUGUGCGAAGAUCUCGAGUACGCAGACUUGCUCGACUCUGCUGCCAAGGCCACCUCCUCCACGGAGCGCAUGGCCUUUGUCGCCGCGUACACGAUGAGCUCGUACGCCAACACAACGACGCGCACGGGAAAGCCCUUCAACCCGCUUCUCGGCGAGACGUACGAGCUGGACAUGCGUGCCGAGAAGGGCUGGCGCGUCAUUACCGAGCAAGUAUCGCACCACCCGCCAAUCAGCGCCAUGCACACUGAAGGCCGCGGCUGGACGCUGUGGCAGGACUUUGGCAUGAUUUCAAAGUUCCGCGGCAAGUACCUGCAAAUUGUCCCUGUCGGCAUCACGCAUCUCACCUUUGAAAAUGGCGACCACUAUACAUGGCGCAAAGUCACGACCACUGUUCACAACAUUAUUGUUGGCAAGUUGUGGAUUGAUCAGCACGGCGAGAUGGAAAUUGUCAACCACACAACCAAGGAGCGCUGCUCGAUGAAGUACUACGCUUACAGCUACUUUUCAAGCGAGAAGCCGCGCAAGGUCACUGGCGAGGUCAUGGAUGAGACGGGCAAAUGCAAAAUCGAGCUCCUGGGCACAUGGGACGAGUCUCUCGAGUCGCGUCCGCCGGGCACCAACUUGCCUGGCAAGCAGUUGUGGAAGCGCGGCACGCUGCCGGUGGACUCGGCCAAGAUGUACGGCUACACAAAGUUUGCCUGCCUGCUCAACGAGCCAGAGCAGAAUGUCUGCCCGACCGACUCGCGGUUGCGGCCCGAUCAGCGCAAGAUGGAAAAUGGCAUGUUUGAAGAGGCAGACACGGAAAAGCUACGACUGGAAGAGAAGCAGCGCGCAGUGCGGAAACAGCGCGAGGCCUCCGGCGAGACUGUCCAGCCGCGCUGGUUUGCUCGGCGCUACCAGCCCUUGACCGAUGCGGACGAGUUUGUCUACAGCGGAGGCUACUGGGAGGCCAAGGAAGCCAAGAACUGGACGAACGUGCCGGACAUUUUUUAAAACAACAUCGCUCUUUUUUUUUUGGGGGGGGGGGUUUCCGUCUCUGGCUUUACACUUUUAUUUUGUUUUCGCGAAUUUCAUGUUUAGCGAUCUCUCUUGUGUAGUUUUCGCUCUGAGGGUUUUUUUUUUCUCUCUUUGUGCUGUCUGAUGUUGCUGUUGUU